UYUUGUUUUCAAAAUGGCGGCAAAAUUGUUUUGCAAGUUUCUUUUUAUUUUGUUGUUUUAUGAUCCAAGUGACGCCGCUGAUAGUAACAGAACGGCAUUCUCGCCGUCUUCUUCCCAAGGCUGUACUUGUGACUUGACUGGCAAUAGCUGUGACACAAAUUGCUGUUGUGAUCCUGACUGUUCUUCUACSGAGAAAGAAGCCUUUACUGAAUGCAAAGACGCUGAUGUCAAUCAGGACAACAAAGUAUGUGUGUCAAAUGAUCUGCUGUUCAUCCAAAAUACUCAGUUCAAAACUCAAGCAACUGGAACAGGGUUGUUUUGUAUCUUCAGAGAUAACUACAGCUCCCGUAAUUACUAUAAUGACAUCACAAGUGCAAGCAGUGAUACAGAGUUCAGUAAUCUUAAAAGACARUCAUCCAAGUCAAUCUACAUUAACCAGGGCCUACAACAGACUCAACCAUCAGCCUCUUCUUAUAAGGUGAAUAUGACAAGUCCUUAUAGACAGCAGGGCUCAAAAUAUCGGUCGGUUAAAGGGCAGUGUCCUUCUAAAUUCCCCAGAUCACCAGCCAAAUCGAGUUUUUAAAGGAC